UGCGAUAGCGUAAAUCCGAUCGUAAACAUUCAAGAAAAUUAACUUUAAUUUUUAACAUUAGUAAAAUGAGGCCUGCAGACGUAACACUGCAUGUUGCUGUUGGUGUUAGCAGUGUUGUCCUAACGGUUUUAGGAGCAGUGAUACUAAAGAAACUACUGGCCAAAGAAAAAAUUCCGAAAAAAUGGCGAAAAAUUGGCACAGUGGAAGACCUAAUUAUUUAUCCAGUAAAGAGCGCAAAGGGAAUUAAUGCUGACCGCUUAUUUGUAACAGAGAAAGGAGUAAAGGAGAUUGAGAAACGCGACAAUAGCAUUGAACUCAGAGACAGAUCUUUCCUAAUCUAUACCAGCAAAGAUAGAGAGGUGCGAACUGCUCGACAACUUCCCAAAAGUGUAACAAUUGGAAUUCAAGCAGCAGAAAACGGCAUAAUACUGAGCGCUCCCAAUAAAAUAGAUUUGUAUUUAAGUUUGCCCAGAACGAAAAACGACAUUAAAGUCACACUUACAUGGGGCAGUACGUUUGGAAAUGAGGCAUUUUGGUGUACGGAUUGUGGCGAAGUUGUAGCGAAAUGGUUGAGCGAUUAUCUGCUCAAUAAAUCCGAAGGUUUGAGAUUGGGAUAUGGGGAUGGUUCCCAAGAGCGUAACGUGCUAAAGGACCACAAAAAAUGGGCUGCGCAUUAUACAAACAUGGACAACAGCAUGGCGGGCAUAUUCAGCGACCUGGCAGCUUUGCACUUAAUUAAUAAAUCAACCAUCGACGAUCUGAACAGUCGACUUGGCGCAGAACAGAAAGUCUCCAUUAAAAACUUCAGACCCAACGUAUUUGUCGAAGGACCCGAAGCAUUCGAUGAAGACAAUUGGGAGCAUGUGAAAAUCGGCGAUGUUGUCACAAAAGUGUGUCUCGAGUGCUUGAGGUGCAUUCAAUCGACUGUAUCGGAAAAUGGGGAAAUGAGCAAAGAGCGUGAACCUUUGAAAACUUUGGAAAAGUAUCGGAAAUCUGACGGACCAUUUAAAUACGGCAGAAUGGGGAUUUAUCUAAGGGUUCUGAAAAUUGGAAAGAUUCGCAAAGGGGAUGCCAUUUAUGUACCAGAGAAGAUUAAUCAAUAAAUUGCAUAAAAUAAUACCUAUAAAAAUACUUACUAGCUAUAAAAAAUGUUUCAACAUUUCGUCAUCUGUCUUUUGUGCUCUGUAAUUUUUUAACGACGUCACAGUAUAAAAUGAGGAGAUUUGGGUAUAAUAACAAAUGUAAGAAAACAGCCAGAACAUCGACUUUAUUCAUUUAUGCAGUGCAAACUUAGCUUUACAAAUUAAUGGCAAGCAAUUAAGAUAAUUGUGAAUUAGGUUCUAAGUAUAAAGGUUCCUCUGAAAUGGAGUUGUGCCAAAUUUGGUUAAAAUACACUGUGUCGCAAAUUUUACGCAGAGCUGAAAUAUUCCCUAGCUUUGACUGUGGAUAUGUUCUCAGUCGGUUCUUGGACAAAUUGCAAGUUAUAAAAUAAGCCAAGAAAAAUUAAAUAAACAUAUUGUACAGAGUU